AUGGCUGAUAGAGUGAAAAUGGAAGACGUAACUAAUGUACACUUCACUCCGCUGCCGGACUCGCCUUACGUGAAACCAUUUCGCAUGGUUUACACGCAAAGCGGCGCGAAGAAGUCCUGGGAUCUACUAGAAGUGCACGAUAGCGUCGCUAUUAUUCUGUUCAAUAUCACCAGAAGAGUUAUGAUAUUCGUCAAACAGUUCCGCCCAGCUAUAUAUUAUAACAGUAUCUCAAAAGUGGACCGUCAACAGAACCAUGUUGACACUAAGAAGUAUGCACCAAAACUUGGUGUUGCGUUAGAAAUGUGCGCUGGUAUAGUGGACAAGGAUAUGUCGCUGGAAGAAAUAGCCAAAGAAGAAGUACUAGAAGAGUGUGGUUAUGAUAUUAAGACUAAAGAUUUACAGAAAGUUUUGUCCUAUAGGUCAGGCGUUGGCGUACAGGGGGCUCUCCAAGUGCUUUAUUACUGUGAAGUAACAGAUGAUAUGAAAACAGAGCAAGGUGGAGGAGUUUGCGGUGAAAUAAUCGAAGUUGUUGAAAAGACUAUCCCUGAAAUAGAAAAGAUGUUGUCGUCUGAAGACACCCUGAACAGCCCGCCCAGCUGCCUGUUUGCGCUUAUGUGGUUCAUACACAACAAGGCGGAUAAGUUCAGGAAGGCCGAGAACGGAGGCACUGGCGAAACAUGA